UUUAUCAGGUCUUGUUCAUCCGCAUUAUUCGCAGCGUUCUUUCAAAAGCCUGCCUUUCUGACAUACUUUCAAUCCUUAUUUACCGCGUGGUUUAAAGAUCAUAUCUGGACACUCGUAGAGACGAUCCUUCCAUCAACAUAUCAUUGUUUUCUUUUUUUCGCGUUUGACCAUGCUGAGUCGAUGGGCCCUACCAGUGGCUGUCUUGAUUGUAUCCAUCUUGCAGGCAGAAUUUAUAAUGGGAGUUCCUCAAGCUGGAUCCCAUUUUCACCAUCAGCGACGGGGUCAUCUAUCAUCGCGUCCAUCCACUCCAUCCUCUGCACCUGGAACAAACACUACAAAGCCUUCAGCUAACACAACUUCUCCUACCCAGGACACAUCCAGCUCUGGAAGUGGCAAAUGCUCACGUAUAAGGAUUAGGAAAGAAUGGCGCAAAAUGAGUCGACAGGAGCAGACAGACUAUACCACUGCUGUGAAAUGUCUCAUUGUGAAGCCAUCCAAGCUUAUGCCGGGCGGAGCAUAUCGACGUUACGACGACUUUGAGAAUGUUCAUUCGAGAAUGAGGAAUAAAAUCCACUGGAUUGCGUCAUUCCUGCCAUGGCACCGACAUUUUAUGUUUCUCUGGGAGCAAGCUCUCCAAACCGAGUGCGGCUACAAGGGAAACUUGCCCCGCUGGGAUUGGACCCUAGAUUCUGACGACAUGACAUUAUCUCCAGUCUGGUCUGCUGACCCUCAGACUGGGUUUGGUACUAACGGGAAAGAUUUCACAAAGGAUCCUUCCAAAUUAGGUGGUGGUGCGAUCGAAGAUGGAGCCUUUGCGAAUCUUCAGCUGUACUAUCCCGACGAGCACACCUUGGAGCGUAACUACAACCUUCCUCAGGAAUUCGUACAGGAUGGUCGAACUUGGGGAAGUCAGUUUUUUGACGCUCCAGCGAUGGCUCGUGUCCAUGCUAAAACCGCAUAUCCCGACUUUGCUGUUGCUGUGGAGGGAUUCGAUCCUGACAAAGGAGAUACAAGUUUUGUCAGCGCCCAUUCGAUCAUUCACGCCAUAAUCGGAGGAGACCUAUCUCCUACCUCUUAUGCUGCCAAUGAAGUGUUGUUCUACCUUCAUCACACCAAUAUUGACUGGCAUUGGGCCACAUGGAUCAACGCCAACCGUCGCACCAGAUUAACCGCUUACGGUGGAAUUACCAAGAGAGGAACUACUGUCAACAACGCUAAGUUGAGCGAUCCCCUCACGUAUCUCAACCUGGGCCCUAAUCCCACUGUCCGAGACACAAUGGACACCACUGCUUAUCCUUACUGCUACGACUACGAGUGAUUUUCGACAAUACACGUAGCAACCUCUCGUGCGACAAGGUAUUCUAAUAUGGUAACUAGCAGCCCGAGAGACACGAACGGUCGCCUUCGAUCUACAUGAUUUAUGUAAUUCAAUGUAAAGGACUAUCUGUGCAACUCGGACAUUUUUAUUUUCUUUCCAAUCCUCUUCUAACCCUUCAUUCUUUAACUGCUGCUAUUUGCUAUCAUGCGUUUAUUUUCAUCAUCUCCGCUCUUAUAUUUUCAUGAUUUAAUUCAGCAGAUUUUCAUCAGAAUGAAACUUAUCUUUUCUUCAGUUCCUUGAAAACUUUUGAAGAACCCCUUUUUCAAUUUCUCCAUGACUCUCCUUUGAGAAACUAUUUGUCCCAAGAAGUUUCAUUGACCAUUCAAC